AGGUGUGGACUCAGAUGUGUUGUCUGAUCCAACCUGGUUAUUAACAACAAGGUGGAUCCUUAAUUAAAUCUAUAUAAAUAAUAGCUAUCGACAGCGUUGACACUUGUAAGCGUGCAUUUAGAAGAACUGACUGUUAGCAGCCUGAAAACAUCAAUAUGGCCUCAAAAUAUGGUGACUUAACAAAAGUUGAAACCACUGGAGCUUCGGAGGCAACAGCCAAACAAGACAAACUGAAAGAGAAAGGUGUUGCAGCAUCUCAUAAAAUGGCCCAGACUGACAACCCAAGGAUGCAGAAGUACAAAGCAAUCAUAUUAAGAGCUGCAGCAAAAGCAAAAGUAGAUCCUGCUUUAAUCUGUGGGAUAAUAUCAAGGGAAAGUCGUGCUGGUGCAGUGCUCAAGGAUGGUUGGGGAGAUCAUGGCAAUGGAUUUGGCCUAAUGCAGGUAGAUAAAAGACAUCAUACGCUAAAAGGAAAGUGGGACAGUGAAGAGCAUGUGGAUCAAGCAACUGGUAUCCUUGUUGACUUCAUUUUGGGUUGUAAAAUGAAAUUCCAUGGAUGGACCCCAGAGCAGCAGCUCAAAGGGGGCAUUGCAGCUUACAAUUGUGGUUUAAGUAGAGUUGACAACUAUGCACACGUUGACAUGCACACUACUGGGAAGGACUACUCCAAUGAUGUUGUGGGCAGGGCUCAGUGGUUUAAGCAGAAUGGAUUUUAGUAACAAAAACCUGCAAGCGAUGUGUUCCAUGUCCAGAUUUCUAUUAGAUUACUCUGUUUCUGCAUUCAGUAAAAUUUCCUAAAUCAAAAUAAACAUUGUUGUUAUAUAUGAUAUAAUCAUAAUUUACUGUGGGUUCCUGGGUUUCUGCUUAUGUGUCACUGUUGUUCUUGAAGGCUGAACAUUUUCACAGCUUGGUCAUCUACUUUUGUUGGUUUCUGUCAUUUUGUAACACAAAGAUUAUCUACAAAUUAUAAAAUAUUCUGUUUUGCAUU